AUGGAUCUCAAUAUUAAAAAGCCAAGUAACAUUGAAAUUGUGAAGGAUAAGCAGAGGUUGUUGGACUGGUUAUUAACUGGAUCUUGGGAAAACACUAAUGUUUAUGAGUAUAAAGCAAAAGCAACAGAAUAUCCUGGAUAUGAUGGAUGGUAUAAUAAUAUUGGUCGACCGAAAUUGGGAGCAAUUGAUACUCCUUUAUUAAGAAGAUGGCCAGCUGCUUAUGAAGAUGGUGUAUAUAAGCCUUCAGGUACUAAUAGGCCAGAACCAUUGGAGCUAAGUGAUAAACUUCUCAGUGGUAAUAUUGGAUCUAAAUCCAGAACAGGCAAAAAUGCAUUACUUGUAUUUUUCGGGCAACAUGUUGUAGAAGAAAUUUUGGAUGCACAAAGGCCAACAUGUCCACCAGAAUAUUUCAAUAUUAAAAUUCCAGAUGGGCAUGAUUACAGAAUCAAACCUGGACAUUCUGAAAUGCCAGUAUUACGUACACGUUAUGAUAUGAGAACCGGGCACUCUCCUAAUAAUCCACGUCAACAGUUGAACGAAAUAACUCCUUUUUUGGAUGGUGGACUCAUCUAUGGUACUUCAAAAGCAUGGUCAAAUGUUUUAAGAACUUAUUCAAAUGGUACCUUUGAUCAGAAUGGUUUACUUGCAACAUCCCACGAUAAUUUAUAUCCUGAAUAUAAUACUGCUAGACUACCCAUGUUUAACCCACCACCUCCACUUCAUCAUCAUAAAUAUAUUACACAGCAUCAUACAGAGAAAGUUGAACGAUUUUUUAAGCUAGGAAAUCCAAGAGGGAAUGAAAAUCCGUUUCUUCUCACUUUUGGUAUAAUUUGGUUUAGAUGGCAUAAUCAUGUAGCAAGAUACAUAAAACACCAGUGUCCUGAUUGUUCAAGUGAAAAAGUUUACAAUGAAGCUCGAAAAUGGGUAAUAGCAACGCAACAACACAUUGUUACUAAUGAAUGGUUACCUGAAUGGUUAGGAAACGAACUUCCUAAAUACAAUGGUUACAAUCCAAACAUCGAUCCCCAAAUAGAACAAUUUUUUCAAGCAGCAGCUUUUCGAUUUGGUCACACUUUGGUUCCACCAGGUGUUUAUCUGCGAGACUAUGGAAGAAAUGGUUGUAAACUAGAACAAAAUUCUUGUGCAAUUAGAACUUGUAAUAAUUACUGGAUGUCAGAGAAUUCCAUUUUUGCAAACAUGACAAAAGUAGAGGGAGUUAUUGAUAUUGAAAAAUUAAUAAUGGGAAUGGCUGUCCAAUUAAGCGAAGAAGAAGAUCACAAAAUCAUUGAAGACUUAAGAGGUAGAUUGUUUGGUCCACUUGAAUUCUCCAGAAGGGACUUAAUGGCGCUUAAUAUACAAAGAGGCCGCGAUCAUGGACUUCCAGACUAUAAUACUGCCAGACUGGCAUAUAAUUUAAAGAGAGUCGAUAAUACAUCUCAUUUUUUAAAUGUAGAUCCAGAAUUUAAAAAGCAAUUUUUGAAAUUACAUAAUAAUUCCUUUGAUAAUGUCGACGUAUGGGUUGGAGGAAUUUUGGAAACCAUAGAUGGACCUGGAGAAUUAUUUCAAGCUAUCAUAAUUGAUCAAUUUGAACGUAUUCGUAGUGGAGAUAGAUUUUGGUAUAAAAAUAUGAAAAAUAAUCUCUUCACUGCUGAUGAGAUCAACAGAUUAGAAAAUAUUUCAUUCUACGAUAUAUUAGUAUCUGUUACUGCAAUGGAUCAUAAUGAUAUUCCAAGCAAACCUUUUAAAGUUCCUGCAUCAGGAAAAGAAUUGCAUCCUAAUUGUUAUACAAAUGGUAUUAUUAAGGAGGGUAAUUGUACAAAAUUUAAUAAGGAAUAUAUUAGUUGCUAUCAUGCUGAAACAAUUACUGUUGGAAAUGUUGAUAAAUGUACAGAUCCUGGAACCUAUGACUAUUUUAAUAAUAGCAUUCUAUCUUUCUCGCUGACAUUAAUGGGAUUACUUGUUAUUUUGUGUUCUUCCAUCACAAUACUUUAUCUUCAAUCAAGAUUAAAACAAACGAAGCAAACUGAGUACCAAUCAAAGUGCAUAAAAUCACAUUUAUUAAAAGAAGAUCAGGAUACUACAUUGUUUACUGUGAACGAAUGGCAAGGUAAAAAAUUGCCAUUGAGACCUAUAAUCAUUACUCUAAAUCUAAUGAAAAAACAAUUGGAAAUUAAAAAUCAAAUGGGAUGUAUAAUACGAGCAAUAGAUUUGAUACAUUGCAACACAAUAAAGGUGUACGUUACAUUUAAUGGGAACUAUGUUAUGCUUAGAGUAGACCAUAAUUAUGAUUUAGUCUUAAAAUUUAAUUCUGAUUAUCUCAAAAGCUUAUUUCUUCAAACAUUAAAGAAAUUCGUUGAAGAAUUAGUAACAGUAUCGAUACAAGAAACACUAAACAUUACAGUUAAAGAACUGUUAAAGCAAGCUGUUACCAAAAGGUGUAGACAGAAAAAGCUAGAACAAUUUUUCCGUGUGGUUUUUGCACAAGCACUUCAUAUAACUCACACAGAAGAUGAAAUAUUAAAAAUUGAUUCAGCAGUGGCAAGAGAAGUCGUGUACACAGAAUUAACUAUUAUAGAAUUCUCUGAAGCAUUAAGUAUGAGAUCAGACUCAGAAUUUAUCAAAAAGAUAUUCAAUCUAGCUGACAAAGAUAAAAAUGGUUUCAUAUCGUUUAGAGAAUUUCUUGAUAUGUUAAUUAUAUUUCUGAAUGGUUCUGCAGAAGAAAAAGUAAAAUUAAUGUUUGACAUGUAUGACAUAAAUGGGACAGGAAGAUUGAAAAGAGAUGAUUUUAAAAAUAUGCUACGAUCGUUUAUGGAAACAGUUAAUGCAGAUAUAACUGAUAAUAAUUUAGAAACACUGGUACAAUCAAUGAUGGAUCAUGCAAACAUAGCAACAAAGGAAAAUAUAAAUUUGCAAGACUUUCAUCAAAUUCUCAGUGACUUUAACGACAAAUUAAAUUAUGCUGAAUUAGAAUUUAAUGUAAAUUCAGAUGGGAAGCAUAGAAAAUUACAUGUUGGAGGAUCAAAAGCUAAAUCAAAUUUUAUAAAAGAAGCGGAAAGAACAAUAGAAAGUUUGUAUUCGGAUCCGAAUGAAUUACAAACAAGAAUUGGCGGUAACAAUCAAAUUAAACAAAGCAUAAUUAAAAAAAAAUGUAGAGAAAUUAUGAAUGAAAAUGAAAGAAUUGUUGAAAAUACGAAACAGUAUACUGAUGAUUAUUGGUAUCCUAUAAUGAAAUAUUUUGCUAAUAAAAAGUUGCAAAUAUUUUGGGCAUGUUUAUACAGUUUGAUUCUUCUUGGAAUCUUUGCAGAACGAGCAUAUCACUACUCGGUGGAACAAGAACAUUCUGGUUUAAGACACAUCUUAGGAUAUGGUUUAGCAAUAACUAGAGGAGCAGCAUCAGGAAUAAUGUUUACAUACUCCACACUUUUAAUUACAAUGUGUCGUAAUAUCAUUACAAUUCUAAGAGACACUAUUCUACACUUAUAUAUACCAUUUGAUUCUAUGAUUGAGAUACAUAAAUACGUCGCUUGUUGGGCAUUAGCAUUCACAGUACUUCAUAUAAUUGGCCAUGGGUUCAAUUACUAUCACAUUUCUACACAAACUGCGGAUGACUUAACGUGUUUGUUUCCAAAUUAUUUUCAUGCUACACAUGAAUUGCCAAAAUUUCAUUAUUGGUGCUUCGAAACAAUGACAGGAUUAACUGGAAUACUGUUAACUAUUGUAGCAGGAUUAAUAUUCUUAUGUUCGUUACCGCACAUACGUAGAACACAUUUUAAUCUGUUUUCAAUGACACAUUCUUUGUAUCCUGUUUUUUAUAUUUUAAUGAUAUUACAUGGAACUGGAAGAUUGGUUCAGGAACCAUUUUUCCAUUACUUUUUUCUGGGACCACUAAUUUUAUUUGUUUUUGAUAAAAUUAUUACCAUGACACGGAAAACGAUACAAAUACCCAUUUUAAAGGCAGAUAUAUUACCAUCAGAUGUGACUUGCCUUGUGUUUCCUAAACCACCAAAUUUUCAAUAUAAAUCUGGCCAAUGGAUAAGAAUAGCAUGUCCCUUGUUACAAACAAAUGAAUAUCAUCCAUUUACUUUAUCUUCUGCACCUCAUGAACCAAAUUUAAGCGUACACAUUAGAACUGUAGGACCUUGGACUACUAAGAUUAGAAAUAAAUUGGAUCCAACUUAUAUACUUGAUGAAAAAUUGCCAAUGAUUCAUAUAGAUGGCCCGUAUGGUGAAAGCCAUCAAGAUUGGUACAAAUAUGAUGUGACUAUAAUGAUAGGAGGAGGUAUAGGAGUUACACCUUUUGCAUCAAUAUUGAAGGACAUAAUAUUUAAAUCAAACCACAAAUCCAACUUGGGAUGCAAGAAAGUAUAUUUUCUAUGGGUAACAAGAACACAAAAGCAAUUUGAAUGGCUGGUUGAUAUAUUACGAAAUCUUGAAAAUGCUGAUGUUAAUAAUACCGUAUUAGUUCAUAUUUUCAUCACACAAUUUUAUCAGAAAUUUGACUUGCGAACUAUACUAUUGUAUAUUUGUGAGCGUCAUUUUCAAAAAAUCUCAAACAAAUCUUUGUUUACUGGUUUAACAGCAGUGACACAUUUUGGACGACCCAAUUUUGAACAGUUUUUCUUAUCUAUUCAGAAAUUACAUCCAACAAUUAAUAGAAUUGGUGUCUUUAGCUGCGGUGCACCAUCUAUGCUACAAGCUAUAGACGAAGCUUGUAAAUCUAUUACUCUAAAAGAAAAUCUUAAUGUUUUGUUCCAACAUUACUUUAAGAGUUUUUAAAAUUUUAGUAAAUUACUAUACAUUAUCCUCAUAUAGUA